AUGCUUCGAUUUAAUGUCUUCUUAUGCCUAGCACUUGCCAUUUCCACUGUCUCAGUGGUUAUAGCCCAAGUCCCUCCAGAGAAACAAUUCAGAGUCCUCAACGAACCAGGCUACGCACCAUACAUAACCGAGUACGACGCGAGUUACCGAUUCAUCCAAUCAGAGAAUCAGAGCUUCUUCACAAGACCAUUCCAGCUCCUUUUUUACAAUACUACCCCAAGCGCCUACGUCUUAGCUCUCCGAGUCGGAGUGAGACGUGACAUGGACUUCAAUCGUUGGAUCUGGGACGCAAACCGGAACAACCCUGUCGGAGACAACUCAACGCUCUCACUUGGCCGAGACGGUAACCUCGUACUCGCUGAGUUAGACGGUCAAGUCAAGUGGCAGACUAACACAGCGAACAAAGGCAUAACCGGGUUCCAGAUCCUACCCAAUGGAAACAUCGUGCUUCACGACAAAAACGGCAAGUUCGUGUGGCAGAGUUUCGACCACCCCACCGACACACUUCUCACCGGACAGUCAUUAAAAGUCAACGGAGUUAACAAACUCGUUAGCCGUACAUCCAACAUGGACGGUUCAGAUGGUCCGUACAGUAUGGUUCUUGAUAACAAAGGUUUAACCAUGUAUGUCAACAAAACCGGUACGCCCUUAGCUUACGGUGGAUGGACCGAUCAUGACUUCCGUGGCACGGUAACGUUCGCGGUUACACGAGAGUUCGACAAUGUAACGGAGCCGUCAGCUUACGAGCUACUCCUAGAACCAGCACCACAACCAAUAACGACGGCUAGUCCUAGUAAUAACCGUCGGUUACUCCAAGUCCGACCAAUUGGAAGCGGAGGCGGAACUAUAAACCUAAGCAAAGUCAACUAUAAUGGAACGAUUUCGUACCUAAGACUCGGAUCCGAUGGUAGCCUCAAGGCUUUCUCGUAUUUCCCUGACGCUACGUAUCUCGAAUGGGAAGAGAGUUUUGCUUUCUUCUCAAGUUACUACGUUCGCCAAUGCGGUUUACCGUCGUUUUGCGGCGAUUUUGGUUAUUGUAGUCGUGGAAUGUGCGUCGGAUGUCCUACACCGAAAGGUUUGUUUGCAUGGAGCGAGAAAUGUUCCGCGCCUAAAACGACACAGUUUUGCGGUGGAGGAAGCAAAGGUAAAACGGUCAAUUAUUAUAAGAUCGUUGGAGUUGAGCAUUUUAAUGGUCCAUAUGUGAAUGAUGGACAAGGCCCGAUUUCGGUAAACGAUUGCAAGGCGAAGUGUGAUCGAGAUUGCAAGUGUUUGGGGUAUUUCUACAAGGAGAAGGACAAUAAAUGUUUGAUUGCUCCUCUUCUUGGUACACUCAUAAAAAAUGCAAACACUUCUUCUAUUGCUUACAUCAAAUACUAG